GGACCAGAACCGACUUUGAAACCUUUACUUGAUUUUGUUAAAUAUUUAUAGGGUAAUACUGUGCUGUCCUAGCUGCCAUGUAUGCCGGCUGGAAUGCAAUGCACCAGCCGGUGGAAUGGGACAUCUCAAGCCUGCUGCCAAAUGCUAUGACUCAAGCACCAGCCCAUGAGGCACACCAGCCGCAGACAUAUGUGCCGCCUUUGCAGUCGCAGCAGAGCUUGCCAGCGCCCGCCUUUCAAGGGUGGUCCUCAAUGCACCAGCCAGUGGACUGGGAGACCGCGUCUGUUCCGCCCGCAGCCGCCCAGCCAAGCAUUCCAUUUGCUCCUUCAGCUGCUAGAGAGGCGUCCAAGAGAGACCGCGCAGGGAGACGGUCGAAGUCUGCGACUCUGCGGCCUCAGCAACAGCAGAUGUUGGACCUUCAAAAGAGGCUGGACGCUUUACUUCAAGAGCAUGUGGUUGUAGAGGCUGAGAACGCUCGGUUAAAAACGAGGCUUCGGGUGCUGGAAGCUGUAAUACCAGUCCGAGAACACCAAGCUCGGCUGGCACAGUCGCAGCCACCUCGCGCCCCACCCCAGCAACCGGACCCCAUGCUCGCGUGCCUCAUGGACAUGGCCUCGGGCCCCAGUAGCUGCGCGACUUCACCUACUCAGCACGACUUCGGGGGCUGCUUGAACAUGACCUCUCGUGCAGCAGCUGACGACGCGUGCUACGGCGAGCGCAAGCCCGACAGCAUGGCCGCGAACAGCCCUGCCAUUGCACCUCACGCACCCGACAGCUCCGUGCCCUGCAGCUCCGGCGCGGCCUGCGCCAGCUCCUCCUGCACCGCCGCUAUCACGGGAACCGCGGGCUGCGCUGGCGGUGCCGACCAGCCCGUGUCCAAACCCUACAGCACUAGCGAAGCGAGAUGGCUGGAUACCUGGCGCACUUGGGUGCGGGAAGCGGCACUUCUACUCCAAGCCAACGACGCUCGGCCUAACGAGUUGUAUGUACGGCGAUUAGAGGAUGCGUUUGCUAAGCUCAAGGCCGAGGUGGUGUACCUGGGGUUGCGCCAUCCCGAGCUCAUAUGCAACAUGCGCUGUGUCAACAUGGAGACGGGCGCUGAGAACGAGGUCCCGCCGGACAGCUUCUGGACCGUCGUUGCUGCCGGCAUGCGGCUGACGUCUGCGCAGAUUUCCGACUGCCGGUCGGCUCUGGCGCUCUACCGCGAGCGCAUGUCGGUGGUACUGGCGGAGCGGCGCACGCUGGCGACCAAGCUGUCCGCCGCAAUGAACGCGCUGCAGGCGGAGGAGGCGGAGGGGCGCGCGUCGCCGGGCAGCAUGCGGCGAGACCAGCUGACCUUCCAGGUGGAGGAGGUGACGGCUGCGCUGGCGGCGAAUGUGGAGGCGGAGGGGCACACGACAUCGCUGGCACGGGACCUCCUGGGCAGCAGCCUUUUCUCCCGCGUCCAGUGCGCCCGCGGCAGCGUGCUCUCAUACCCCUACUUUCCUGACGCUCUCGCCAUCAUCACCCAUGCGGUGGCGCUAGCGGACGAGGCGAACGCAGCAGCCGCGGGGACGGCCGGCAAAAGCACCGAAGCGGUCCCUGCUGCGCAGGCUUCGGCGUAGGCCGUGGUUCCGGCGGUGCAGGGGUGACUGCCAGUUGGGGACAUGGCAUAGUGCCACGGAGAAGUGGAUGGGAGUUCUGCGGCACUGCGGUGUGCCGGCGGCGUCUUCGUCAUUGCAGUAGCAGGUGACUUCUGCUACUAGCAACUUGUACUAGUGCUGGUGCACGUCCCGGUUUGACCGGGUCUUGACUUGGGUUUAAUUUGGGUUGCAAGGGCGUGGAUUGGUUGUUCACGUUUGAGCGUGGGAAUAUACCUACAUAUUCGCUGGGCGUGGCUCGAACAGUGCUCGGCAGAAAAGGGGCAACUUUCAUCAUGUUUGUCCCAUCGUUGUCGUAUGAGUAUGAGAGCUCGUCUUUAAAUGACAGCCCUGACCUGCUCUGUCGUUCGGUUCCUAGCUACGCUUAAUGCAUCGGCUUUGUUGUGCUGUUUGCCUGGCUCGGGCCUCGAUUCCCUCGAUAAAAUCAGAGGUCGCAGUGUGUUAAUAGGAAGGGGCGGCGGCGACGUAGAGAGAGUGUUUGUGUGCAAUGCUAGUACGAUGCUCUGAAGUAACCCUCUCUGAGCUCACUUACCUCACCCCUAAGCCCAACUAAGCCUGGCUUUGAUGUGGACUGUGGAGGUGGGGGUAUGGUGGAUUUCUGCCCAAAUUGCCUGCUCUUUUCCACCCUGCAGCCUGGAUCCGCUUAGUCUUACCAUUCACGGUGGCUGUUACUACAGGUGCGGUUGCGCUACCUACAUCAUAGGGCGCUUCUCGCUGGGAGCUGUAGUGAGUUUUCGCGUUUUCCUUUCGUUGCACUUGGGGGGCCUUGUGUCAUAAGGCGGCGUAUGGCGGUUCCUUUUGUACAACAGAUUUUCGGCUGGGUUCAUAAGACCUUGCCGGGCUGGCCUCGGGCUGUUCGAUGCGCACUGUUUCGGGCGGCCGCACGCGUGUAUGUUGGCGUGUCGGAGAGCCGAUUCCAUUGGUGCUGCGCUAUUUAGUUAUGGGCACGGAACGGGGGCAUGUAGGAGUUUGGUGGAGAGGACGAGGAAAGGAUGGAGGGAUAUUUCAGGAGGAAGGAGUUUAUACGAGCCGACUGAGCUCAUGGGGGUAUAUGUCGCCGGGCAGUGGGCGCGAUAGGGCGGUCUUUUAGAUGGUGGAUGGGGUAAUGGCAUGUGGCGGGUUAGGGCGUGCGGUCCGAAGACCUUACCUCGCGCCCAGCAAUGCCCGGCGACACGUUUUAGCUGUAUCCCAAAUGGCAUAAUGAACCGAGCCGCUUGGGAGUGCUGAUCUUUUUUGAAAGCUCUUGGGGGGUGCAUGCCAUGAAGUUGGGUGCAAGGUGAGGGUGCCAGAUCGCCGCUGCUUGCGGCGGUCCGCGGUAUCUUAUACGCUGUGGGUUGUGCAUGGCUGCAUGCCGUUUUCCGUUUUCCUAAUCACAGCGCAGGCACGUAUGUUACACUGGAUGAUGGGAGACGUGUCGGUCGGCUUUCACUGAAUGGCAUAGGCUGUUCGUUACGUGUGCGUGCACCACACACGUGCGUGCCGUGUGCAUUGUGUUAUGAUGUGUGUCAAGGAGUGUGGCCCCGCAAGGUUUGGCGUCGAAGAUGGCCGCGGAAAGCGUUACUAAUGGUUAAGGAUGCAACAAGUGGCAGAGGGC